AUGGCGGACUUUCUUGGCUUAUCUCCAGUGGGUUCUCUCUUCCCUCUUCUUCUCCAGGUGUCCAUGUGGUUCUCAGCAGGAUCUGGAUUUUCUGUGAAAGGACCAGCUGAGCCCAUUGUGGUCCUGCUUGGGGCAGAUGCUACCCUGCCCUGCCAGCUGUUUCCUGAGCAGAGUGCAGCCCACAUGCACAUCCGAUGGUACCGUGCCCAGUUCUCCCCUGCUGUGCUGGUAGUCCAGAAUGGACAGGAGCAAGAUGCGGAGCAAAUGUUGGAGUACCGUGGCAGGACCCAACUGGUGGGAGACUCCAUUGGCAAGGGGGGCGUGGCCCUGCUAAUAGAGCAUGUCCGGGCUUCAGAUGAUGGCCAGUACUGGUGUCAAUUUAAAGAUGGUGACAUCUCCCAAGAGGCUGUCGUGGAGCUGAAUGUUAUAGGUUUGGGUUCAGCCCCUCACGUUUACAUGACAGGGCCAGAGGAAGAUGGGAUCCAAGUGCUGUGUUCCUCAGGUGGCUGGUUCCCAAAACCCAAGGUACAGUGGAGAGACACUGUGGGAAUGAAGCUACCAUCCCUCCCUGAGUCUCAGACCCAAGACGGAGAUGGGCUCUUCUAUGUGGAGACCUCCAUUGUGGUCACAGACAGAUUCCUGGGCAAUGUGACCUGCUCCAUCCAAAAUCCCCUCUCUGGACAAGAGAAAGCAUCAGCCAUCUUCCUCCCAGAGCCCUUCUUCCCUCGGGUGUCUCCAUGGAAGGCAGCCCUGGCUGGGACACUCCCUGUGCUAGGACUCCUCCUCGCUGGGUUCAUCUACUUUGGCUGGAAAGAACAUCAAGCCAAGAAGGAAGAAAUAAUGAAAAGGGAUAAAGAAUCUCAUGAAAGAGCUCAGAUAAAGAAGGAAAAGGAAGCGGCAUUUAAAACCAAAGAACAGCGAAAGGAAUUGUACAAAAAAGAUUGGAAGAAGGCCCUGAUAUAUCCUGACUGGAGGAAGGAGAUAUUUGACCUUGCUCCUGUGACUGUAAAUCAUGCAGCGUCUCAUUCGAAGAAUUCUGACAGAAGGAGAGAAGAGAACCGCAGAGAGGAGACAGGUCUAUCUGUUAGUGAUGAACAAGGAGACGACAACCUCAUUACACUUGACCAGGAAGGCUUCCUGUCAGGGAGAUACUAUUGGGAAGUGGAUCUCAAGGACACUAAUGAGUGGACACUAGGCAUUUAUGAGGAGAAUGGAUCAUUCAAAGAAACAUCAGAACCAUCAAAAAGGAUAUUCAGAGUCUUAGAGAGGAAGGGAAGUGUAUACAGGGCUCUUAUAUGUUCCCAAAACAUUUCCCAAGAAAAUCCUCUCCAGGUAGAAAAGUGUCCAGAGAAAAUUGUGAUUUUCUUGGAUUAUGAGGACAGGGACAUUUCCUUCUAUAACAUGACUGAUGGCACCUACAUCUUUUCCUUCCCAAAGGCCAGCUUCUUGGGGACACUCUAUCCUUACUUCAAACGCAAAUCCAUGUAG